UUGAGGUUAAAGUUUGGAAGCCAUCAUUGCAAAUAAAACCGUAAAAAUGAUGUGUAAGCUCAUUUCCUCAGCUAGAAAACAAAAGGAAGGAUGGUAAAGCUCUUCUGUGUGUUGGUUGGAGCGGCAGGAAGCGCCAUCCCUGUCGAUAUCGAUGCGAGCCAGUCAGUGGGGGACUUAAAGGAGGCGAUUAAGGAAAAGAAUGAGGACAUCACGUGUGCUGCGCGACGUCUGAAUCUGUAUUUGGCCACGAAGGGCGACGACGCAUGGAUGACAAACGACGAAGCCGAUAGUGUGAGCGACGUUGAUGGGCUACCACAUCUAGGUGUUCCACAAGCGAAGCUCCGACGCGUUGGUUUGUCUGAAGAGAAAAUGGUCGAAGUGGAUGAAGAUGACGAGGCAGCAGGAAAUGGCCUUGUCAAUGUGCUCGUGGUGGUUCCGACCAAAGAGGUGGUUGUGCUGGUGUUAUGA